AUGGUUGCCAGCAGCCGCAUUGCCAUUUUGGCCUCCGCCUUCGCAGUCGGUGCUUCCGCCGCUGUCAUCAACCGCCGCCAGCAGCAAGAUAACGGCUGGCUGGCCACCGACUACCAGUGGGGAUGCUCUCCUGGAGGAUGCAGCUCUCAAUUCAACCUCUUGGGCUUCGAAGGUGUCCCGUCUGGAGCACCCGCCUUCGAUGUCGUCUGCAGCCCCAUCUACAUCCAGCAAGAUUGGAUCGCAUGCAAGAACCGCGACGGCAGCACCAUGGCUCCCGAAUCUGUGGUCUACGCCGUAUGGAAGGCCGGCCCCGACAACGACAAGCAGUACAUCAACAUUGCGCAUAUCUACUACCGCCAGGAGGACGGUCUCUACUACGACGCUGAGAGCGCAUCUGAGGGUUUCCUCCCCGAGAAGGGCGGCACUGAAUGGUUUUCCAUCGCCACUGUCAACCCAGCUUCAGAGAGCCAUCUUCCACCAGUCGUGAACUCAAACGCGCCGACGCAGACCGUGCAAGCGGAUACUGAGACUGGAAUUCCUGAUCUGGUCAAUGCUGAAGACCCGGUCGCCACAUCUACCGAUGGCACCGUGCCGGAUCCUGUCCCUGCUGCCGGAGAGGAUAUCCCUACCCCCGAUCCGACUGAGGACCCUGCCAACGAUCCUACACCCACCGACGAGUCUACUCCUGCGGCCGACCCUACUGCCACUGAGGCUUUUACCCCUGCGGUUGACCCCCCUACACCUACUGAUGACGGAACACCCGCGGCCGACCCUACUCCCACCGACGAGUCAACUCCCGCAGCCGACCCGACCCCAACUGAUGAAUCAACACCCACCGGAGACUCGACUCCGGCUGAGGAUCCCGCUCCUGCCGCCGAUCCUACUCCAGAGUCUACUCCCGAGUCUCCUCCCUCUGAGGACCCCACACCUGCCGAAGACCCCGUUCCUUCUGGCGAUGCCCCUUCGAACACAGUGACCUCUGACAUGCCCGAUGGCUUGGUCCUGUCUCAACCUCUGCAGUCCGACGUGGUUCUUUCCCAGCCUCUCCUGAACCCCGUACCUGGUACUGGCACUAUCCCUGCGGGAGGCGAUGGAGCUUAG